CUGCACCUUUCCCAUGAAAAGAGAUUCAUAUUUUUAUUUCCAUCAAAAUAAAACUAUCUAGUUAUUUGUGUGACCAAAUGUAAAUGUUUUCGAGUAAAACUGUUCUGUUACCCAUUCAGAAGACCCAAGUUGGCCCAGUAUUGAAGGAUGGAAUUGUACAGCAACAUGUCUACACCGUUACAGAUGCCAGAGAGGUUCCUUACAUGAAUACGAAAGAACAUUUAAUCAAAAUUUGGAAUCCUUGGGGCUCUAUGGAAUGGAAUGGAGCUUGGAGUGAUGAUUCUGUGGAGUGGGAUCGAGUCCCUCAACAAUUCAAGACAGAAUUCUAUGUGAACAGGGUUGAUGGCGAAUUCUGGAUGUCAUUUAAAGAUUUCAAAGACAAUUUUUCAUCCUUGUUUGUUUGCAACAACACGCCCACAUUCCUGGAUUUUGGUGAGGAGAGCAAUACUUCUUGGUCUGUGGUUAAAUAUAUCAACCAAUUCUCUCCAGAAGGGAGCAACUAUCUAAGUGCUCUUUCAAGAAAUCAUCAAUAUUCCAUCAAAAUUCCAGAGUUUAUGAUGAGAAGAGACAACGUAGUAGUAGCAUUGACACAAACACCUGCAAAUAAUUCACAGAAGCUGGUGCCUAUAGGUUACUGCAUAGAAAAGGAUGAGCUACAGGGUAGAACCACAGUUCACAACACGCAGCUUGCAUUAACACGAGAUGUCACCUAUUCCCAUCUACUGAACCCUGGAGAUUACAUAAUCAUACCAAUUGCAUUACCACAAAGCCAAGAAUCCAACUUCCUUCUACGAAUCUUUCUAAAAAGUCAAGACGAUCUAAGGGAACCAAACACUGGACCCAGUUCAGUGGUGACAAAGCGUAUGCUCAAGUGGAAUCCAGACAACUAUGAAAACAUCUUCUUAAGAUAUGCUUAUCAGAAUUCCUACUUAGAUGCCUCACAGUUACAAAGGAUUCUGAAUGAAGUUCUCCUGAAAGAUCUAAUGGCUGGCCUGGGAACUGGAGAUGGAUUCAGCUUUGAUUCAUGCAAAAGCCUUUUAGCUCUGAUGGAUAUCAAUGCUAAUGGAAAACUUUCACUCCAAGAAUUUGAAAGCCUGUGGAUAACUUUCAAGAAAUAUGAGGAUGUAUUUAGAAGAGAAGAUGAAAAUAAUGUUGGAUUCCUAAAUGUUUCAAAUUUCCGAAGAGUUGUGCAAGAAACAGGCCUGUCUGUCAGUGACAAACUCCUCCAGCUCCUGGUCAUGCGAUAUGGAGACUUUGCCCAGAGGAUAAACUUUCCUGAUUUUCUGUGCUGUAUGUUUCGUCUUGAGACAAUGGCAAAGGCAUUCCACAAUUUAUCCAAAGAUAAGGGAAGAAUCUGCUUUACUGAAGAUGAGGUGAGUGGAACUUUUUUUUUUUUUCU